UCCACCGGCCUUUUGUUUACAUCUUCAGGAAAAAAUACAGACGUGUUUGCGGGUUGUUCCAAGUCCAAGCACAUAGACUUCACGCUUGCUGCACCAAUAGCUGCUUAGAUUCACUGCAUCCCUAUUUCUCCUAGACCCAGGUGUAUCCAAGCCACUACUACUACAAGCACGACGCCAGAUGAAUAGCGUGCAAUCCCCCUAUUCCAACACAGGUAGCAGUUCACUAAAUUAUGUAGCCACGCCGAUCGUGGUUCACCUUACGGACACUCCCCACACAUUGCUAGAUCCAUCGCUCGCGCCUGCCCCGACGGGGUUAGAGCGGCCAAUUAAGUCGUAUCCUCUCAGCGACAUUCCCGACUUGCAUAUCCAACAGGCUCUUAUCAUCAAAGACCUACUCUACGUGCUUCUUGGUCACGAAGGCUACUACGUCCGGUACAGUGAAAAGUACUCACCCGGCUCCCCGACCUCGCGUUUGCUCGGCCCCGACUUCAAGAUUGCCAAGCAUUUAGAUGUCAGUUUGAAGGACAUCACCAAACGCGUCGCUCGGUGUGGAAAAAUGUAUGUCUCCAUCUACAGUUUCCUCGAGCAGUAUGACAAAGCAAUUUUCGGUCAGGUAAACCAGCUGCUCUGUGCCCAGAUUCGUGGAUUCAUCACCACGGUUUACCAUCCACUAGUGGUGCAACUUGAGACCGAGUUCAACACCCGAGACUCCUCGUUGAAUUUGAUCAGAGUGGACCAGGUAUGUCAGGAAGCAAUUACGGUGCCUCUCUCCCACCUUUACGAGAUUGUAACCAUAAUUCACCAGGAAAACCGUAACCGGCACCAAAAACGUGCUGGUAAUGCCCACGGCGACUUGCUAGCGUCCAUUAAACAUGAUCUACGUGACCUUAAUUCGCUUGAGCUUCUCUCAGACACCACCCCGUCGUUGUAUAUCACAGGUCAAGCAACUCUUCGCAUCGUCCAGGAGUGCCUUGAUGCCAAUCAGGCAGAUGAGACUUCGUUUCGGUUCCUCACAGGGCUUUUUGACCAGGUAAGCAGCUCCUACUUACACAUGCUCAACCAGUGGCUCGUGCAUGGCACGGUGAACGACCCGUACGAUGAGUUUCUUGUGAAGGAAGUGGAUCCACCCGCAAACAUCACCAUCCGUAACAGUGACCGCUAUUGGGAAUCCAAAUUUGUCAUCCGCAAGGAACAGGACCAGGCAGGAAACGAUAUCAUGAUGAAACAGUUUGUGUCUAAGGCCGUUCAGUUAAAGAUUCUCCGCGUUGGGAGAUAUUUGAACGUGAUCAAAUGCUGUGGCAUUGAUGUAUGCAGUCUUGACGGAGGCUCGACGUCGAACAUCCAUAUCGGCUCCAUCUACUCCUCUAAUGCUAGCAGUUUCAUUAUGGGUGCUAUUUCUAGCACCGACUUCGAUAUCAGGUUGGAAAACGCAUAUCGUCGUGCAAACCGCCUCAUCUUCAAGCUCUACUCCCAGGGGUAUGACUUGCUCUCUCUGCUUCAAUUCAUGAAGCACUUCUGGUUUCUUCAGCAGCAAAAGGCAGUGCAAUACGACGAGUUUUGUCAGAGUUCCUUGGCGGAGUUGAAGAAACCGGGAAAUAUGGCCUCGUUGAGUCGCCUAACUCGUCAUUUCCAGCGCUACGUUACGGGUGUUCUGGAAAUCCCUGAUUCUAUCCAGUCUGUCCUUCUCCAACUUACAAGGUUAAGCAUGACCGCUGACAACUAUUACACCCAUUUGCUUGAUAUCCUAGCUAUUAAACCCACCUUUGCGGAGAUGGACUACCUGGGACAUGCUGGAGACUCUUUCCGUUUCCUCUUAAAGAAGUCUCUUGAGUUCAAGAGUCACAGAGUAGACGACUCUAUGAUAAGCAAUAGUCCAAGCGGGGGGGAUAGCUCUGGUGCUGAUAAGUAUGCCAUUUUCAACAUGAAUGUUGAAGUGACGUUGCCGUUUCCGUUGAACCUCCUCUUUAAGGAAGAUAUGCUUGCUUCUUUCAGUCUCAUCUCUCGCAACUUGCUCAUUGCCAAGUUUCUCGUCCACUUCCACGGGACAGUAUGGCGAGAGAUGAAUCGGGGUGUAUGGAGGUAUCCGAAGCUUUCAGGGCCCGUGAAAAAGUGGAUACUCCGUAUGCGAGUGUUUCAUUCAAUGCUCCAGUCCUUUUUGGUUGAGUACAGCUACUACUUGAACCAUGAUGUGAUGGAGCCAGAGUGGGCCCAGAUGAAUCGGAAGGUGAUCAAAGCUUGUGUAUAUGCCGAGAACUACCAGGAGACGGUGCCUCUGGACGGUUUCUCUUUCAACUCUACCAGUGGCCAAGAUGUGGACUUCCAUAAUACAGUCCAGGAGAUCCAGUCAUGUCUCAAUGCAAUCAUGAAGGGGUCUUUCCUCGUCAACAAGGAACUCAUUGAGUUGCUCCAGAAUAUCUUGAUGAUUAUCCUCCAGUUUGACCAGUUUGCGCUCUCGUUGUCUAAAACUAUUAUCCACCUAGAUGCCACCUUGUUUGAAAAGCACUACGGGCAGGAUGGCUCUCGUUCAUUUGAGCCGGUCAAGAACAAAGAGCGGGUGCAGAAAAUGAAUGUUUACUUGAAUCGGUUGUGGGAGCUGUGGAAUGAUCAGAUGGGAAAUUAUUUAGAAGGGCUUGAGUACUUAGGCACUCUGGAGAAUGAUUGCUUCUUGAAGUUGUUCCACCGUUUGAAGGUGGUUCAAUAAGGGAAGGGAAUGACUGAACCCCCAACUAGAACCGAUGCCCUAGAUCCAAAGCUGAGUACACUUUUCUGUGUUUAUAUUUGGUGCUAGCCUGCGUAUAUGUGUAUAUGUGCAUAUAUAGUAUCUCUGUGUAUAGGUCAUUCAACUACUUUUGAUACCGAU